GCUCCCGCGUGCCGCAACCAGCGCCGCCUUUCGCCACCGCGCGCCGCCGUCGCCCGGCGCUGCCGUCGCCGCCGCCGCGCUCGCUGGCUAGCCCGGUGCGGGCGCCGGGCUCCCGCCGCAGGAGAGGACCACCAGGGCCGUCGCCACCACUUCGGCCCGGGCCCGGGCUCCGGCCCCGCCCCGGGCCCCGGCCCGAGCCCCCUGCCCUGUCGGGCGAUGAAGUGUCACUACGAAGCGCUGGGGGUGCGGCGAGACGCCAGCGAGGAGGAGCUCAAGAAAGCCUAUCGGAAGCUGGCCCUGAAAUGGCACCCAGAUAAAAAUCUGGAUAAUGCCGCAGAAGCAGCUGAACAAUUUAAACUGAUCCAAGCGGCAUAUGAUGUGUUGAGUGACCCUCAGGAGAGAGCGUGGUAUGAUAAUCAUAGAGAGGCUCUGCUUAAAGGUGGGCUUGAUGGAGAAUAUCAAGAUGACAGCUUAGAUUUGCUUCACUAUUUCACUGUUACCUGCUACUCUGGUUAUGGUGAUGAUGAAAAGGGCUUUUAUACAGUGUACCGUAAUGUUUUUGAAAUGAUUGCAAAGGAAGAACUAGAAUCUGCUUUAGAAGAGGACAUGGAAGAUUUCCCAACUUUUGGAGACUCCCAGAGUGACUAUGAUACGGUGGUCCACCCUUUCUAUGCUUACUGGCAGAGCUUCUGCACUCAGAAGAACUUUGCUUGGAAAGAAGAAUAUGACACACGGCAGGCUUCAAACCGCUGGGAGAAGCGAGCCAUGGAAAAAGAAAACAAAAAGAUCCGGGACAAAGCGAGGAAAGAGAAGAAUGAGCUCGUCCGUCAGCUGGUCGCUUUCAUCCGUAAAAGGGAUAGAAGAGUGCAGGCUCAUCGAAAACUCGUGGAAGAACAAAAUGCAGAGAAAGCCAGGAAAGCUGAGGCGAUGAGGCGGCAGCAGAAGCUAAAACAGGCCAAGCUGGCAGAGCAGUACAGAGAGCAGACCUGGAUGGCGGUAGCUGACUUGGAAAAGGAGCUCAGGGAGAUGGAGGCGCAGUAUGAAAAGCAGUUUGGAGAUGGAUCCGGUGAAGAUGAAGUGGAAGACCAGGAGCUCAGAGAUGGACAGGAUGGUAAAGACAGCGAUGAGGCCGAGGACGCAGAACUUUAUGAUGGCCUUUACUGCCCCGCAUGUGAUAAGUCUUUCAAGACUGAAAAGGCUAUGAGGAAUCAUGAAAAAUCAAAGAAGCAUCGGGAAAUGGUUGCCUUGUUAAAACAACAGUUGGAGGAGGAGGAUGCAAAUUUUUCAGGACCUCAAACUGAUGAAAACAGUCUGAAUGCCAAUUCCGAGGAAGAGAUGGAGGAUGCGCCAAAACAAAAGCUUUCUAAAAAACAGAAGAAAAAGAAACAGAAACCAGCACAGAACUAUGAUGAUAAUUUCAAUGAAAACGGAACUGGAGAAGGAGUAAAGGUUGACCCGGAAGAUACCAACCUAAAUCAAAAUAGUGCCAAAGAAUCAGAAGAUAGUCUCCAAGAAAAUGUUGGGGUCACAGAGACUGUGGAACUGUGUGAUGACCCCAAAACUGAGGCUAAAAGUGUUUCUAAACCCAAAGGAAAGAAAGCCAAAGAUACUAAAAAGUCUGUCAGAGUACCUGCUGAACCACAGACAGUGAGUGAUGUGCUUAUCAGCUGUACAACCUGCCAUAGUGAAUUUCCAUCCCGGAACAAACUUUUUGAUCAUCUAAAGGCCACCGGUCAUGCAAGAGCACCUUCAUCCUCAACAUCUUUGAACAGUGUAACAAAUAGUCGAAACAAAAAAGAGAAACGUAAAAACAGAUAGAAAUUCUGCCAAUGCUUUUUUCUUUCAGUUGUCUCUAGAUUUUGAAACCAAAAACUGGACUGAAAUCAUCUAAAGAGUUAAAAUUUCAGUGAUCUGCAAUUUAUUGCAUUGUGGAAAAUUAUUUUUUAUCUUGUAAAAACAUUUUUUUUGUUUAAUAUAUAUUUUUUAAACAUGUCAUUAGUGACUGAAUUCUACUUUUGCCAUCUGAAAUUGACUUGAAUGUCCCAAAACAGGUAAAUAUUGUAAAGUAUGCUUUCUUGACUUUUGUUGGCUCAUGUGGACAGAAAUGUACAGGGAGAAUUAAAUUAUUUUAACACAUA